AUGUUUCACGCUGGACAACAACUGUUGAUCUCUGCUGUGCGUGAGCGGUUCUGGCCGAUCAACAUCCGCAACCUCGUUCGCGAGGUGAUCCACAAGUGUGUCGAUUGCUUCCGUGUCAAGCCGAAGGUUCUGGACCAGCUCAUGGCGGAUCUGCCGCCCGAACGAGUCACUCCGUGCACACCGUUCGCACGAGUCGGAGUUGACUACUGCGGACCUUUUCAGGUCGCGUACCCGCAGCGCCGAGCUCGCCCAGUGAAGUGCUUCGUUGCCAUCUUCGUCUGCCUGGUCACCAAAGCUGUUCACCUAGAACUAGCAGCAGACCUAACGACGCAGGCAUUUCUGGCGGCCCUCAAACGGUUCACUGCCCGGCGUGGCAAACCAAAGCUGGUUAUGUGCGACAACGCCAAGAACUUCGUCGGCGCAAGACGUGAGCUGAGCGAACUCGCCAAGCUGUUCCUAAGUCAGCAGUUCGAAGAGGAGAUUAUCCGCGAAACAGCGAACGACAACAUCGAGUUCAAGUUCAUUCCCGCUCGCUCGCCGAACUUCGGCGGCCUCUGGGAGUCCGCGGUGAAGAGCUUCAAGUUGCUGUUCAAACGUACGAUCGGGCUGCACACCCUGCUGUACGACGAGUUCCAGACUGUGCUGGUCCAGAUCGAAGCGAUCCUCAACUCGCGACCGCUCACGCCGCUCAGCAACGACCCCGCAGACUUCGAAGCGCUGACCCCAGGACACUUCCUGAUCCAACGUCCACUCACUGCGAUUCCUGAGCCAAACCUCGACCACAUUCCCGAGAACAGAUUGUCGGCCUGGCAAACUGUCCAGCGGUACACGCAGCAGCUCUGGAAGAAGUGGUCAAAUCUCUACCUGUCGGACCUGCACAACCGCACGAAGUGGACAAAGCAAAAAGACAACGUUGCUGUAGGAACCAUGGUCCUGCUGAAGGACGAGAAUCUCCCGCCGUUGAAGUGGCAGCUCGGACGCGUUUCCGAUAUCCACCCGGGAGCUGACGGCAAUAUCCGUGUCGUCACGGUGCGCACAAAGGACGGCAGCUAUCAGCGUGCGAUCUCUAAGAUCUGCAUUCUGCCGAUCCGUGACAACCUUUCUACUGCGCAAGGGGAGAACUAG